AUGGCCUGUUUCCGUGGCAACCGGGAGGAAUUUUAUGGAGAAGUGCUCCUAUUGGACGAGAGGAAGCUGACGCUGACGGGCAUCAAGAAGUCCUCGAAGGCGGCGGCCAUCUUGCAUCAGGUGUUUUCUCACCUGAGCGUGGACGAAGUGCAGUUCUUCGGUUUGAGGUUCUGUGACGACAAGCAGCAGACGCACUGGUUGGAUCCUUCAAAGACUCUUUCACAGCAUCGAGUCCUCGUCGGGCCUCCGUACAUUUUCUACUUUGGAGUCAAGUUUUAUGUUGAAGAUCCGACGAAGCUGAAGGAAGAACCAACUCGGUGUCAGUUCUACCUGCAGGUUCGUCAGGACGUCCGGCGAGGUCGCCUGCUAUGCCCCGCCCACCUCCGCCCACGACUGGACGCUCUGAUGCUGCAGGCGGAGCGAGGAGACCUCAGCGAGGACGAGAUGUCAGACUCAGAGGAGAAGCAGGAAGUUCAACUCAUCUAUAAAACACUGAGUGGGGUCUCUCGCUCUCAGGCCCAGAGUCUGGUUCUGUCUCUCUGCAGCUCUCUGCAGAUGUACGGAGUCUCUCUGUUCGCCGCCUACGGCGAGAACCAGACUGAGUACUUCCUGGGUCCAACUCCAGUGGGCGUGGUCAUCUACAAGAACAAAGAGCUGGUGGGAAAAUAUUUCUGGCCACGGAUCACCAAACUUCACUUCAAAGACGAGAUGUUUGAGCUCAGCGUGUUAGGCAAAAAUGGUUCAGAGACGUCGUUCUUCUUUCAGACAUCAGAUCGAUGUGACUGUAAACGUCUGUGGAGGUGCUGUGUCGAACAUCACACCUUCUACAGGUCUGGGGGCAGGGCUGAGCUCGACCAGGGGAGGCCCAGUGCACCAUGGGAGAACAGCGGCGCCACGAGUGGCCUGUUCAACCCAAAGUUUCCUCCAAACACCAAAGAAGAAGAACAAGAUGGUUGGCGACCCCAGAGGCGCAGCAGAAGUCUAGAUGGAGAUCGACCAAUCAGAGCGCAGAGGAGAAGGACUCGUUCCCGUGGCAACACAAGCAGCGGCAGCGAAUCAGAGAAGAGUAACAGCGAGCGGCGGAGACGGAGAACAAAGAGCCGAGGUCGCCAUGGUGACGGGGGCCCUGACUCCACCUCCCGCUGCCGUGCCACAUCACACAGUCCGGACGCCCGCACAUGGAAACACAUCCAGAAGCAGCUGGUGGAGCCUGAUGGUGUGACUGACAGACAGACGGAGGAAAUACCUUAUAAGGAAGUGAGAGUGCCAGGGGAGCCAAUCAGAUCACGACGUUCUCCCAGGGGGCGACGACAUCAGGGGUGGGCGUCGGCCUCAGAGCUGCAGUCAAAGAUGGUCCCGCCUCUUCCUGUUACCACGACAACAGACACUACCUGUCAUGUCCCCACCAGUCACUGAGGCAGCUGCGGACUGUUCUCUACCCAUAAUGCACCUGUUCUCUGGUCUACAUGUCUGUCAUAUAAAACAUUUCCUCUGGUGUUCAGAAGCAUCACAGCGAUUUGAAAUAAAACCUGAUCUCUGCUUGUCACUGAGA